UGAGAUGCACCGCGUAUCAAAAAUCUAUUACACGUUGAAGUUACACAUCAUUUUGCAAAUGCGUACAGACGACUCGUGAAUCGUGAGCGGACUUUCGAGUGCGUCAUUAGACGCGCUCAAACGUUCGCAACUGUGUGUAUUCUCAACGACGUCGAUGAUGAAGAAGCAGUGCUUAAAAAAGCUGGUCGGCCAUCAUCAAGGCGGACUCUCGAAAAUUCGCGAUCGACAGGGAUGAAAAUAACGUACGAAAUACGUGUGCCUCGAGCGGGACAUGGGUGUCUCGUCUGGGGAUUCGACACUGUAAUCGCCUGGGGAAAUAAGCGACCAAACGAUGAUGAUGGAACACAAACAGACGAUACUGCUGGCACCCUCACUCAGCAACAGCAGUUGCUGGCGAAGCGGCACAUCCGAUGCCGCUUGGUCAGGUCCGGGCCCUGGAGAACUGAUACGAGCUGCUCUGAUAUUGCUACUCAGUCUUGGUAUCCUAUGCGCCAAUCUACUGGUGAUAUGCGUUAUCAAUAGCAGACAGUACAGCAAAUAUAUACAUGCUCAGCCCAGAUAUUUGCUGACGAGCUUAGCAAGUAACGACCUAGCGAUUGGUCUUUUAGUGACGCCUUUCGGUUUCUUACCAGCUGUUUACGGAUGUUGGCCGUACGGUGAAGUUGUCUGUCAAAUUCAGGCACUCCUUAGGGGCGCUUUGACUCAACAGAGUGCUGUUAUCCUCGUCUGCAUGGCAAUCGACCGUUAUGUUUGCAUGCUGCACCCUCAUCGCUAUCACAAGCACUCUUCUAAAAGGUAUUACAUGCGGCAGGGCUGCGUGGCAGUGAUGUCGACCACUUGGAUAGCGAGCGUGGCAAUUUUCGGGGUUCUGGUACUCCCUAGAGGCGGUUACUACUUCAACGGGUCUGGCCUUCUCGCUUGCGACCCCUUCUUCGCUAGAGCGUCCCUUAGGAUCCUGGCGUGUUGUUGUUUUUAUUUUCCGACGACGAUGGUGCUGAUGUACUGUUACGGCUCGGCUUUCCACGUUAACAAACUACGCUUGAAAAGAGUAGUCUGUGUUAACACGCCGGAGGUCGUUAGUGGCGGCCACAUAGAAAGGCUUGUCGCCCACGAGAGACGAUUGUCGACUUCAGCUUCGCGAACAAUGGCUGCAAUGAGUUUAGGUUUCAUCGUUAUGGUCACGCCAUGGACGAUUCAGGAAGUCGUUGCAGCCUGCACCGGAAGUAAGCCACCGCCAUUUCUCGACUUCCUGGCCACGUGGCUGGCUCUCUCCAACAGCUUCUGGAAUCCUUUCCUUUAUUGGCUGCUCAACAAUCAUUUCCGCCGAAUUUCGAGAGAGUUUCUCUUUACCAAGAUUCUGUGCAGAUCUAAGCCGUUAGGAACAAAACAACACUGCUGCUCGACUAGCACCGGUGGCUUAGAUGUUUGCAGCAUCGCGGGUAUCGAUCUAUCAGGUUUGGAGCGUUGCUCAAUGGAACGAUGCUCAAUGGCGCGUUGUUCCUCGUUAUCAUUAGCGAAUACACCGCCGCUCCCUUGGGAAACCGGACAUGUAACACAUGGUGACGUAGCAUCCACGUGAGCCACAGAUGCCGCCACGCAGACGGAGGAUUUCGGAUCUCCGGACGACGCCAGUUAGUACAGCGUGGCGGCAAGCCGACAUUCGAUGCUUCAAAACUACUGGGCACAAUAUCCGUCAUCUAUGCACCGAUAUCUGCAAGACCAUGUCGUAUCCUCGCUGGAACGAGGACGAGUUUCGCGCAUCGAAGAAGAGAACAAUCGCGACAACGUCGCAACAUUAGAUGGAACGAGCCGUUAUCAUCGACAUGAUCGACAGAAUCGCUUAGAAUUCACGCGUUUUAAAAGUUUACCAGAUCUUAUCCGAGAUAUGGAACAGCGAUGAAACACUGAUUAACGAACACAUCGUUGAAUCAGAAUGUUGCUGUACAUCACUGUCGUCGUCGUCAUUAUUUCAUCAUUAUUCUACAUAAGAAAGCAUGAACUCACUGAUUGCAACAGCGUGAAGGAACGCGAAUUUCAUGCUUCGAGACGAGCGUACACGAAGCAUGUGUCGACAUACCGCGAUUAGCUCUCAUCGCGACGAGAUCGAUUACGGAAAUUAAUUACGACACCAACGAGGAUACUAAUCGCGCCGCUCUCGACGAUAUACAUGUAGAUGUUUAAUCACGGAGCAUACUGCGAGUGUUAACGUCAUUCGCGCCCGCAUCCCCAUUUUCCACGAUUAAUUAUUCACGCGUGAGUGUUCAUCCUACAAGCUGCUCAC